GCUUUGCUCAAUUGCAGAAAGAGCAUAUUGCCACCACCCCCCCUCCAAAUAUCCCCUAUUUCUUUCUUAAUUUACUCCAUAAAACAAUGCCCAAAUCCACCCUUCCCCCGGCCAACUACAAAACAAAUUCCUUUCCCUUUAUCCCUCCACAAAUACCAAACUCACGCUUUCCUCACUUCUCUCUCUAAAAACACCCCCACUCAGGAUAUUGAUAUUUUACUGUUUCCAUCUGUUUUCUUGAUUUAAAGUUGCAGUCUUGUAGUACCCAUCAUCGAAUCUCACUGUUUCUUUCGCCUCUUGUGCUCGUUCUUGCCUUGUAUGUUGAUGGUUGUUCCACUGCUGUCUAGAUAGACCUGUACUCUAAAAAAGGAACUGACUUUAUUGUAUUCAUACGAGUAAAGUCAAUGAUUUUUUUUGCAUCUUUUGGUGGCUAUGUAUAUGAGAAGCUUUUCUUGCUAAUGGGUGUUCGCUGAACUUCCUCAAUCAUGGAUCUGGAAGGUGGAUUUCAUCAAAACCGUGCCAAGAAGGAAUCAUGGAGAACUGUACUGACUUUGGCAUAUCAAAGCCUUGGUGUUGUCUAUGGAGAUUUGAGCAUUUCUCCUCUAUAUGUAUACAAGAACACGUUCAAUAACGGUAUUCAACAUUCAGAGCCAAAUGAAGAAAUCUAUGGGGUUAUGUCUUUUGUAUUUUGGACUAUCACUUUGGUGCCUCUGCUAAAAUAUGUGUUUGUAGUCCUCAAAGCUGAUGAUAAUGGUGAAGGUGGAACUUUUGCCUUGUACUCAUUGCUGUGUCGACACGCCCGAGUCAACUCACUCCCUAACUGCCAAUUGGCAGAUGAGGACCUGACCGAGUACAAGAAGGAUCGUCUCAAAUUGUCACCGAAAUCGAGUUUCGGGUCAAGGCUGAAAUCCACCUUAGAGAAGCACAGAGUGUUGCAGAGGUUUCUGCUUGUUCUAGCUUUGAUUGGGACUUGUAUGGUGAUUGGUGAUGGUAUCCUUACCCCAGCAAUUUCUGUUUUCUCUGCGGUAUCUGGGCUCGAGUUUUCGGUGUCAAAAGAGCAUCACAAAUAUGUGGAAGUUCCAGUUGCUUGCAUCAUACUGAUCGGCCUGUUUGCCCUUCAACAUUAUGGCACACACAGGGUUGGGUUUUUGUUUGCACCUGUGGUUCUCACAUGGCUCCUAUGCAUCAGUUCUAUUGGCUUAUAUAAUAUUGUUCAUUGGAACCCGCAUGUGUAUAGAGCACUCUCUCCACUUUACAUGUACAAAUUUUUUAAGAAAACUCAGAAAGAAGGUUGGAUGUCCUUGUGUGCGAUUCUAUUAUGUAUAACAGGCUCAGAAGCUAUGUUUGCUGAUCUUGGACACUUUUCACAAUUGUCAAUAAAGAUUGCCUUCACCUCUUUGGUCUAUCCAUCCCUGAUUCUUGCAUAUAUGGGGCAAGCUGCAUAUCUAUCUAGGCAUAAUAAUAUGGUGAAUGAUUACCGAAUUGGAUUUUAUGUAUCUGUACCAGAUAAUUUAAGAUGGCCAGUUAUGGUUAUAGCCAUUCUUGCAGCAGUAGUGGGAAGUCAGGCUAUCAUAACCGGAACUUUCUCAAUCAUCAAACAAUGCUCUGCCCUGAAUUGCUUCCCUAGAGUCAAAAUAAUCCAUACAUCAUCCAAAAUUCAUGGUCAGAUCUAUAUCCCAGAAAUUAACUGGAUUUUGAUGAUGUUGUGCUUGGCUGUUACGGUUGGUUUUAGAGACACAAGACGCAUGGGCAACGCAUCAGGUCUGGCUGUUAUAACUGUUAUGUUAGUCACAACUUGCCUAAUGUCUCUUGUAAUUGUGUUAUGCUGGCACAAGAGUGUCUUCUUUGCAUUAUGCUUCGUGUUCUUUUUUGGAACAAUUGAAGCUCUCUACUUCUCAGCUUCCCUCGUCAAGUUCCUAGAAGGGGCCUGGGUCCCAAUUGCACUUGCUUUCAUCUUCCUGAUAGUCAUGUGUGUCUGGCACUAUGGCACACUCAAGAAGUACGAGUUUGAUCUUCAAAACAAAGUUUCCAUCAACUGGCUACUGAGCUUGGGCCCCAGUCUAGGCAUAGUCCGGGUACGUGGGAUUGGGCUCAUACACACUGAGCUUGUCUCUGGCAUUCCAGCAAUCUUCUCCCACUUUGUCACCAACCUUCCAGCCUUCCACCAGGUCCUAGUCUUCCUCUGCAUCAAAUCUGUCCCGGUUCCCCAUGUUGGACCCGAGGAAAGGUUUCUAGUUGGUCGUAUUGGCCCAAGAGAGUACAGGCUUUAUAGAUGCAUAGUACGAUAUGGAUACUGUGAUGUUCACAAGGAUGACAUGGAGUUUGAGAAGGAUCUUGUUUGCAGCAUAGCAGAGUUCAUACGCUCAGGGGGCAGUGAUGAUCUUGUAAAGGAUGAUGACAAAAUGACAGUAGUUGGAACAUGUUCUACCCACACAGAAGGGAUUCAAAUGAGCGAGGACGAAGAGGAUAGUAUAGAUUCAGCUGGCCCCUCAGAGCUGAAGGAAAUCAAGUCACCACCAGCAAUCCAGCCGAGAAAAAGGGUGAGAUUCAUUAUACCAGAGAGUCCAAAGAUAGACUCUGGUGCCAAAGAAGAAUUGAAUGAACUAAUGGAAGCUAGGGAAGCAGGGAUAGCAUACAUACUAGGUCACUCGUAUAUGAGGGCCAAAAAAGGGUCUAGCCUGAUAAAGAAGAUUGUGAUAAAUUUUGGGUACGAGUUCUUGAGAAGAAACAGCAGGCCACCUGCCUAUGAACUGAGUGCACCCCAUGCAUCUACUUUGGAGGUGGGGAUGGUGUACCAUGUUUGAUUUUACUUCAUUGCAAAAAUUUCAGGUUUACUUGUAAAUGUUGUGAUGUGCAAUAGAUCAAAAGCUAUCUAGCAGUUUUGGAGAUUAUCUUUGGUGAUGUCAAUUUUCCAAUUCACCAAUUCAUGAAUAAGUCAAAAAGACCAAG